AAAUUUGUUCUCGCGGGUGAACAAACGAAGAACGAAAGCCUGCAGCGCUUUCUUGCGGCAGCGCGUCACGUGAUCAUUGCUUUGCGGGCGUCGGCCGGCGCAAGUCGGUAUAGCUGCUAUUCGUUUGUUUAUAACUGUCAGUCAGAGAGUGGAGAGCAGAAGUCCCUCUACCGAUGCUCUCAUCGUGCCAAAUUGAGUUUUUAUUUUGUUAUUGUGUAUAUAGCUGAGGCUUUGCGGUUGACGACUGUCUUGUGUAAAAAGUUGCGUAAUCUGUAGUAAUUUCGUGAAACCGUCGGGUUCGUUGUUUGUGCUCGGCUAGCGGCGUUGUGUCCAAUAGUAACAAAUACUCUUCAAUAUGGCGGAUGGUGACACUAGGGUUGACCGUUUGGACCCAGAACUAAAAUAUCUCUCUGUUGAUAGAAAUUUGUUCAACGACCCGGCGACUCAAGCAGAAUGGACACAAAAACGACUAGUGUGGGUGCCCCACGAAGCCCAUGGCUUUGUGGCAGCUGGAAUCAAAGGUGAACGCGGAGAUGAAGUUGAAGUUGAGAUUGUUGAGACCGGCAAGAGGCACCUCGUGGCUAAGGAUGACAUCCAAAAAAUGAACCCCCCAAAGUUCGACAAAGUGGAAGAUAUGGCUGAGCUGACAUGCCUGAACGAAGCAUCCGUCCUACAUAACCUGAAAGAUCGUUACUAUUCAGGCCUCAUUUACACCUACUCCGGCCUGUUCUGCGUGGUGGUGAACCCGUACCAGAAGCUGCCCAUCUACACGGAGAAGAUCAUGGAGCGCUACAAGGGCAUCAAGCGCCACGAGGUGCCGCCGCACGUGUUCGCCAUCACCGACAGCGCGUACCGCUCCAUGCUGCAGGACAGAGAAGACCAGAGCAUCCUGUGCACGGGAGAGUCCGGUGCGGGGAAGACAGAGAACACCAAGAAAGUAAUACAGUACCUGGCAUACGUAGCGGCAUCGAAACCCAAAGGCUCCCUCCUGCCUCACACGGGGCCGAGUCCAGCUCUCAUCAUAGGAGAAUUGGAGCAGCAACUUCUUCAGGCAAAUCCAAUUCUGGAAGCUUUUGGAAAUGCAAAGACGGUGAAGAAUGACAACUCUUCUCGAUUUGGAAAAUUUAUUCGUAUCAACUUUGAUGCUUCGGGUUACAUCGCUGGAGCCAACAUAGAGACCUACCUGUUGGAAAAAUCCAGAGCAAUCAGGCAGGCGAAGGAUGAACGAACUUUUCACAUAUUUUAUCAGCUUCUUGUUGGUUCCACGCCGGACCAGAAAAAGGAAUUCAUCUUGGAGGAUCCCAAAACAUACUCGUUCCUGAGCAAUGGUUACUUGGCUGUGCCGGGAGUGGACGAUGGAGCGGAAUAUCAGGCGACCUGCAAAUCCAUGAACAUCAUGGGGAUGACCAGUGACGACUUCUCUGCCAUUUUCCGCGUGGUGUCUGCGGUGAUGAUGUUUGGCAACAUGAAGUUCAAACAGGAGCGGAACUCCGACCAGGCCACCUUGCCCGACAACACGGUGGCUCAGAAGGUGGCGCACCUGCUUGGGCUGAGUGUCACGGAAAUGACGAAAGCCUUCCUGAAACCUCGGAUAAAGGUCGGACGGGAUUUUGUCACCAAAGCUCAGACCAAGGAACAGGUCGAGUUUGCAGUUGAAGCAAUCUCGAAAGCUUGCUACGAGCGGAUGUUCAGGUGGCUUGUGAACCGCAUCAACCGCUCGCUGGAUCGUACCAAGCGGCAGGGUGCUUCCUUCAUCGGCAUUCUCGACAUGGCUGGGUUCGAGAUAUUUGAGCUGAAUUCCUUUGAGCAACUCUGCAUCAACUACACCAACGAGAAGUUGCAACAGUUGUUCAACCACACAAUGUUCAUUCUUGAGCAAGAAGAGUACCAGCGAGAAGGAAUUGAAUGGAAGUUUAUUGACUUUGGGCUUGACCUUCAGCCUACAAUUGAUCUCAUCGACAAGCCAAUGGGUAUCAUGGCGCUUUUGGAUGAAGAGUGUUGGUUCCCGAAGGCGACCGAGAAGUCGUUUGUAGAGAAACUCGUCGCCGCCCAUUCCAUCCACCCAAAAUUUGUGAAGACAGACUUCCGCGGCGUCGCCGACUUUGCAGUCAUCCACUAUGCCGGCCGAGUCGACUACUCGGCUGCGAAGUGGCUCAUGAAGAACAUGGACCCUCUCAACGAAAACGUGGUGUCGCUCCUGCAAGCUUCUCAAGAUCCUUUUGUUGCCUACAUUUGGAAAGAUGCGGAGAUCGUGGGCAUGGCCCAGCAGGCCCUGACGGACACCCAGUUCGGCGCCCGCACGCGCAAGGGCAUGUUCCGCACCGUCUCGCAGCUCUACAAGGAGCAGCUGGCGAAGCUGAUGGUCACGCUGCGCAACACCAACCCCAACUUCGUGCGCUGCAUCAUCCCCAACCACGAGAAGAGGGCGGGCAAGAUCGACGCCCCGCUGGUGCUGGACCAGCUCAGGUGCAACGGCGUGCUGGAGGGCAUCCGCAUCUGCCGCCAGGGCUUCCCCAACAGGAUUCCCUUCCAGGAGUUCAGGCAGAGGUACGAAUUGCUGACACCAAACGUCAUCCCUAAAGGUUUCAUGGAUGGAAAGAAGGCUUGUGAAAACAUGAUCCACGCCUUGGAAUUAGAUCCAAACUUGUACCGCGUUGGUCAGUCAAAGAUAUUCUUCCGUGCUGGCGUUUUAGCACAUUUGGAGGAAGAACGUGACUACAAGAUCACUGAUCUAAUCGUGAACUUCCAAGCUUUCUGCCGAGGCUACCUUGCGAGAAGGAACUACCACAAGCGCACCCAGCAGCUCAACGCCAUCCGCAUCAUCCAGCGCAACUGUGCUGCGUACUUGAAGCUGCGCAACUGGCAGUGGUGGCGGCUGUACACGAAGGUCAAGCCCUUGCUCGAAGUCACCAAGCAAGAGGAGAAGCUGGUGCAGAAGGAGGACGAGUUGAAGCAGGUGAAGGAGAAGCUGGAGUCGCAGCAGCGCCUGUCGCUGGAGUCGGACCGCCGGCUGCAGCAGGCGCUGGAGGAGAAGUCCACGCUGCAGGAGCAGCUGCAGGCGGAGCUGGAGCUGUGCGCGGAGGCGGAGGAGAUGCGGGCGCGGCUGGCGGCCAGGAAGCAGGAGCUGGAGGAGAUCCUGCACGACCUGGAGGCGCGCAUCGAGGAGGAGGAGGAGCGCUCCAACGUGCUCGCAGGCGAGAAGAAGAAGCUGCAGCUCAACAUACAGGACCUGGAGGAGCAGCUGGAGGAGGAGGAGGCGGCCCGCCAGAAGCUGCAGCUGGAGAAGGUGCAGUGCGACGCCAAGGUGAAGAAGCUGGAGGAGGACCUGGCGCUGACGGAGGACACCAACCAGAAGCUGGCCAAGGAGAAGAAGGUGCUGGAGGAGCGGUCGGCGGACCUGUCGCAGGCGCUCGCCGAGGAGGAGGAGAAGGCCAAGCACCUGCUGAAGCUCAAGGCCAAGCACGAGGCGACCAUCGCCGACCUGGAGGAGCGGCUCAUCAAGGACCAGCAGGCGCGGCAGGAGGCGGAGCGCAGCAAGCGCAAGCUGGAGACGGAGGUGGGGGACCUGCGCGAGCAGCUGAGCGAGCGGCGCGCCCAGGUGGAGGAGCUGCAGCUGCAGCUGGGCAAGCGGGACGAGGAGAUGGCCCAGGCGCUGCUCCGCAUCGACGAGGAGGGUGCCGGCAAGGCCGCCACCCACAAGGCCCUGCGGGAGCUCGAGUCACAGCUGUCCGAGCUCCAGGAAGACCUGGAAGCGGAGAAGGUUGCCAGGCAGAAGGCAGAGAAGCAGAAGCGGGACUUGAACGAGGAACUGGAAGCCCUGAAGAACGAGCUGCUGGACUCGCUGGAUACGACUGCAGCCCAGCAGGAGCUUCGCACCAAGAGAGAGCAGGAGCUGGCAACUCUGAAGAAGACACUUGAAGAAGAGGCCGGAGCACACGAACUGUCGUUGACAGAGACAAGGCAUAAGUACAGCCAGGAGCUUGCUAUUAUCAAUGAACAGUUGGAUUCACUCAAGAAGAGCAAGGCGGCGCUGGAGAAGGCGAAGCAGCAGCUGGAGGCGGAGAGCGCGGACCUGGCGACGGAGCUGCGGGCGGCGGGCGCCGGCCGGCAGGAGUCGGAGCGCCGGCGCAAGCAGGCGGAGGCCCAGCUCGCAGAGCUGCAGGGCAAGCUGGCGGAGGCGGAGCAGGCGCGGAGCGACCUGGCGGAGAGGGUGCUCAAGCUGCAGCAGGAGGCCGACGCCGUGGGCUCCCAGCUGGAGGAGGCCGAGCUCCGGGCGUCCGCCGCCGUCAAGAAUGCCGCCACCGUCGAGAGCCAGCUGUCAGAGAUGCAGGCGCAGGUGGAGGAGGAGACCCGGCAGAAGCUGGCGCUGAGCUCGCGGCUGCGCCAGGUGGAGAGCGAGAAGGAGGGCCUGCAGGAGCAGCUGGAGGAGGAGGAGGAGGCGAAGAGGAACCUGGAGAAGCAGAUGGCGAUGCUCACCGUCCAGCUGGCCGAGGCCAAGAAGAGGGCGGACGAGGAGACCGAGCAGGUGGCCCAGCUCGACGAGCUGCGCAAGAAGAUGGCCAAGGACAUAGAAGCGUUGCAGCGGCAAGUGGAGGAACUGCAAGCGGCCAACGACAGGCUGGACAAGUCCAAGAAGAAGCUCCAGGCGGAGCUGGAGGACACGAACAUAGACCUGGAGGCUCAGCGGGCCAAGGUCCUGGAGCUGGAGAAGAAGCAGCGGAACUUCGACAAGUUUCUGGCGGAGGAGAAGGCCGUGGCGGAGCAGAUAGCCCAGGAGCGGGACGCCGCGGAGAAGGAGGCCCGGGAGAAGGAGACGCGGGUGCUGUCGCUGACCCGGGAGCUGGACGAGAUGGGCGACAAGGUGGAGGAGCUGGAGAGGAGCAAGCGGCAGCUGCAGGCCGAGCUGGACGAGCUGGUCAACAACCAGGGCACCGCGGACAAGAACGUGCACGAGCUGGAGAAGGCGAAGCGCGCGCUGGAGAGCCAGCUGGCGGAGCAGAAGGCGCAGAACGAGGAGCUGGAGGACGAGCUGCAGUUCACGGAGGACGCCAAGCUGCGGCUGGAGGUGAACACGCAGGCGCUGCGGGCCCAGUUCGAGCGCGACCUGCAGGCCAAGGAGGAGCAGGCGGAGGAGAAGCGGCGCGGCCUGCUGAAGCAGCUGCGCGACGCCGAGGCCGAGCUGGAGGACGAGCGCAAGCAGCGCGCCGCCGCGCUGGCGUCGCGCAAGAAGCUGGAGGGAGACCUCAAGGACCUGGAGCAGCAGCUGGAGAUGCACGACAAGGUCAAGGAGGACGCCCUCAAGCAGCUCAAGAAACUGCAGGCGCAGGCCAAGGACGCGGUGCGGGACGCGGAGGAGGCGAGGGCCGGCCGCGACGAGCUGGCCGCCCAGGUGAAGGAGGCGGAGCGCCGGCUCAAGGCGCAGGAGGCGGAGAUCGUGCAGCUGAGCGAGGACCUGGCCGGCGCGGAGCGGGCGCGGCGCAGCGCCGAGGGCGAGCGCGACGAGCUGCAGGAGGAGAUCGGCAACAACGCCAGCCGCGGAACAUUACUGUUGGAUGAGAAGCGAAGACUCGAAGCGCGUAUUGCGACUUUGGAAGAAGAACUGGAGGAAGAACAGAGUAACUCUGAAAUUCUGAUGGAUAGAGCACGCAAAGGACUCAUUACUAUCGAACAACUUACAGCAGAUCUUGCGGCGGAGAGGUCGGCGACGCAGAAGCUGGAGAGCGGGCGCAUGAUGCUGGAGCGGCAGAACAAAGAGCUGAAGGCCAAGCUCGCCGAGUUGGAGACGGCGCAGCGUACGAAAACAAAGGCAACAAUCGCAGCGCUGGAGUCGAAGAUAGCAAACCUGGAAGAGCAGCUGGAGGUGGAGGCCAAGGAGAGGUUUGCUCAGCAGAAGAUAAACAGGAAGCAGGACAAGAAGCUGAAGGAGUUCGUAAUGCAGUUGGAGGAUGAGAGAAGACACGCCGACCAGUACAAGGAACAGGUUGAAAAGGUGAAUGCUAGAGUGAAGAUGCUCAAGAGACAGUUAGAUGAAGCAGAAGAAGAGGUCAGCCGAGAGAAGGCACAGAAACGAAAGGCACAACGUGAAAUGGAGGACAUGUUGGAAAGCCAGGAACAGAUGACUCGUGAAAUCUCUAACCUGAAGAACAAGCUCAGGCGUGGAGGCAGUGGCACUAUUGGACUUGGCUCUCGGUUGGCUAGUUCGCAGCGAGGCUCCAUCACCACUGGCUCGGACGAGACCAUGAAUGCAGACGACUCGGUAGACGGCGAAGAAGCGUCAUAAAAGCAUCACAUUGUCUUCCUUGUGGGCCCGUAAACAGGAACCAUCGCUAGUUUCCCUUAUUAUAUAACUUGUAAAGACAGAGUAAAAUAUAUAUAAAUUUGUUUGACGUAAAGUUUCAACCGGUUUUGUUUCUUUUUUUAUACCGUUACAAAAAUUGUUUCCUUGUGAUUGUUAUAUAUGUAUGUAUAUCUUAUGUUUGGUUCGUGGAACCAAAGAGUCUUAAUGAAAUGGCAUGUAUUGAAAUGAAUUAUUUAACUCUGUGAUGUAGUGCCGCAUUAUGUUAUCAUAGUAAAGUAUUUUUAAUCGGAUGAAAGUUUAAGCACAUUCCUUCCUUGCGCUUUUGCAUUGCGAUAGAGUUUCAGUCCCUGGUAUCGCCCACAAUCACAUGCAGUGCAAUUUUGUUAGUCGCCUAGUAAGUUGUGCUUACCUCUUAGUUUUGAUGCUACUCUUUAAGUCUGGAGGUGUCAUAGCUGUAGUGAGCUCUUAGACUUAAAGUGCCUUACUUGUCAAAACUAGGGAGCUUUGCAGGAUUGCAUUUUAUAAUAUUUAUUUAUAAAGAUUGAUUUUUGAAUCUAACACACCAGUGUAUGUUGGUGCAUGAAAAACAGUGUGUUUGUACAGAUUUUUUUAAUGUAUGUACUGUUGAAAAAAAAAAUAAUGGUGAUCGGUGAAAGCUUAUAAGAAUAGCUUUAACAAAUUUGCCUUUGUUUUCUACUGUUUGUAGAAUUAUAACAAGAGUACUUAGGAUUAAACUGUAUUGUAAUUUAAAAUGUUUCUCCAUUAUAUUUUGAUAGCAUGCAUGUAUGUAAGUUGUGUGUGGCUGUAAAUAACUGUUCUUUUAUACAAGUUAAAGUAUGAUCAAGUUUGCUCGCUUCAUUCGAAAUCAGUGAUGUGGAACAGAAUCAAUAUUUUAGUUUGUUUUGUAAAAUUGUCAAUAAAAUCAUACACAUUACAUUACAAUAAAGUAAAUUUAUGUUCUUA